AUGAACUCUCACGGGACCCACUUUGGUGAUCAGCGGUUUGGAUCACUUCUAGGCUCAUACUUUUGGAUCCAAAAGAUUGCUAUAAAGUGGAAUCCUCAAGGAUCCAAAAUAAUGUGCCUUCCGGCUAACCAACGAACAAAAAUUAUCACAAUUGGUGCUUUGGCUUUGGUUAUUACUUGGGUUUUGGUCAUGGAGAAGAGCAAGUCAUUCCCUCAAUACUCUUCAUCUUUCUCUGGGGAAUUUGGGUUUGAAGAUCGAUCGAAUUCUUAUAACUUCAACGGGCCAUGCCAAAAGGGAAAUGGUUUUGCAACAUCAAGCGAUCCAGAGAUGAAAAGAAAGAAGAGGAUUGCAUCUUAUAAUGUUUUCACUAUGGAAGGCAAGCUUAAAUCUGGUGUAAGGAGCAGUUUCAAGUGGAUCAAGAGCAAGUUCAGCGAUGUUCGAUAUGGUAUGUGA